CCCGCCCUCAGCACACGUUACGUCACAGCCAGAGAUGCUGCACACCUCCUCACAACGAGGCCCGGUCAACAUUAAGCUGCACCCUCAAUCCCACCACCUCAAUACCUCAAACAAUUACAGCUGCACAGUUCUCAUCCGCGUCUAACACAGGCCUAUUUUUGUAUUUCGUCGAUAUCGUGCUACCCUCUAGGUAUUCUGCAGUGGAAUACCUCCCUAGUCUCAAACAUGGAUAACACCAAACUUCAUUCAACAGAAAUAAACUUUAUAUAAUUAUCUAUAGUCCUAGCAACAAGUAAGAAGCAUACGAUUACCAAACAAGCAAACAUAAUAAGUAUAUUGACUAAGGAAUUUGACAUUAUUGAAAUAACAAACACAUUCCAUUGUCGAAUGAUUAACAUAUUGUAAAUAGUGUAGAAUGUUAACAUGUAACUAAUUUUUAUACAUAAUAUAAGCUCAUAGAAAUGAAAAACUCAGUAACCAUUUAUUGUGCUCAAUGUAAUGCCUAUGCAGUGUGUAACACGCUUUAAAAAAGUAAAAGCACUUGUGUUAAAAUAGUAACAAAAUAGAAAAUGUUGAUUCGGUGGAAAAAUAAAGACAAAGACAAGGAGAAAUGCGAGAAGGGGUCCAGUCAGAAGCAGAACUCUACCAUGGGGACGUCCAAGAAGAAAAGGAAAUUUGGAAGAGAUGGAGGGAAAUGGCCGGAAAAUAAUGUACCUCCAGUCUACCAGCGAGGGACUAAUUGCUUUCCGAUGCAGAUGUGUGGCGACAGGUUGGCCUGA